AUGUGAACAAUGCAACAGGAUGGAUGUAUACCCUUCCGUGUAACUCCUUAAGGACUACCCAAAGAUGUUUGCUUAUAUUCCAUCCUUGAAGGGUGGACUUUGUGCUGGAGGUGACAGACGAACAUCCCUGAAAAUGGAAAAAGAAGCAUCCACUCAGGCUCCCAAAUCCACCCAGGAAUCCAUUCUUAAAGAGGAGACUAUUACAGAGAGAAAGUGGGUGAAACUUGAUCAAACAACAUAUGUAGAUCCCACAGGUAAAACAAGAGUAUGGGAAUCUGUAAAGCGCACAACCAGAAGAGAAGGAGUUUCAGCUGAUGGGGUCGCUGUUAUUCCUGUGUUGCAAAGAACUCUCCACUAUGACUGUGUGGUUCUAGUGAAACAAUUUAGACCCCCCAUGGGUGUGUACUGCUUGGAAUUCCCAGCAGGUCUCAUCGAUGAAAACGAAAGUCCGGAGAGUGCUGCUUUGCGUGAACUGGAGGAAGAAACGGGAUAUAAAGGGGACAUCCUCGAAUGCUCUCCAGCCCUGUGUUUGGACCCAGGCUUGACAAACUGCACGUCACACAUUGCGACCGUGACCAUCAAUGGGGACAGUCCUGUCAAUCUGAAGCCCAAACAGAAGCCUGCUGAAGGAGAAUUUGUGGAAGUAGUUACGCUACCGAAGAAUGAUUUAUUGCAGAGAAUUGAGGAGCUGGUGACAGUAGAGCACCUUAUAGUGGAUGCCAAAGUUUAUGCUUAUGCUUUGGCCUUGAAGCAUGCCACAGAUACACCAUUUCAAGUACCAUUCAUGAAAUUCUGAGACUGCACCAUAUUUAGUCCUUUGGAAGCAUUUCCUUUAUCAUGUCCAACAGCUGUGAAGAUCCCACUAUGGCAGCUCUUUAAUUAAAAGUACUCAGUGUUAUAUUCAACAGUAAUCCUUUUCAAAGACAACCAUGGAUGGGUAGUCUUACUGUCUGAAAGACUGCAUUAAUUUUAAUUCACUUUCUGUGUCUGAUUGACUAAUUUCUAAGAAAAAUGUCUAAGAAAAAUAAAUGUCUUUACACACUGUGUAUAUAGUCAUUGCUACAGUUUGUUACUGGAGAUUCAAACUUUGAAUCUCAACAUUGGAGGAAGUGUUAAGUAGAAAGGCCUGUCUUUCACUGGUUUGAGGUCCUGGAGUUUUUUUAAAAUGUUUUUUCUUUCUUCUUCCAUAAUUAUCUAAAUGCAUUUCUGAAGCAGCUGUCCCCAUUGUACUAUUGGCUUUUACUUGUAGUAUAGAUUCACCCAAGAACUUGUCAUUGGAACUGACAUUGUGGCCAUGGAAUUCACUGCACUUUUGUCAGAUUGUCAUGACAGUCAGACCUUCCCCUCCAAAAUACUAGCCCAAAUGUCAUGCCUUGUGAAUUUGAAUUUUGCAUUGCUAAAAGGAACACUAACAGCAGUCAGGCUGCACAUUCUGCCCUCUCAGGAUCAUGUCUGAAUCUUUGCCUGCUUCAUAGUUGAUCUUUUUUCUUUCUUAAAAAAGAGGUUUUUGGAAUUAGUAAGCUGUACUGAAAUGGGAAAGUGCCUGAUUCAGAUCUCCUUCUAGCAAGAGGUAACCAGAUGGUCUUAGACAAUUCCAUAGGGGUAGCUGUCUUACUCUGUUGUAGCAAAAUAAAACAGAACCCUGGUAAA